CCCUUCCGCCUUGCUUCCCAGCUUUCUGACUCAAUCCGAUUGAGAAGGACACGUUUGAGCUGAGCUCCUUGCAAAAGAUCGCUUUUGCAUAUUUCUAUCUCCACUUCUUUCAGAUCGUAUUGGUAAGCUACCAGCGAGAAGGGCUUUGCACCCAAGACCGCUGAGGGCCUUCUGGGCUUGGGUGAGGGCUGGAGGUUCCCAGUAGGUUGAGCCUGGCCCGCGCCUGGCGCGAAGGGGUAACACCCGAAACCGCUCGCAAUUGCGAGGCUUGGAAACCUUCGGAGGUUUCCUACUGGAGUCCAUUGGAGCCUUCCCGUGAUUUGCGCGAGCCAUAUCUCCCUUGCAGGAGAUUCGUCUUGGGAGAUCGGCGAUUCCCUCGAGGACCCAGCGGCGCCGAGCUUCUUCGCAGCCGCUUUUAUCGCCAUUACUCCGAUCGGCGCAAACGGCUCCCAGACGGCUGUGGACUCCGUGGGUGGACCAGGACAGCUGGUUUUCUCCCUUUCGAGGAUCGGAUCUGCCCUAAAGGAUGGCCCCUCAGAGAUCCUCCAGGGCUAAUAAACAACGCCUUCAGGGCGAAGAGUCCCAGGGACCGGCUGCUGUCCCCACUAAGAGGAGCAGAAAAACUCAUCAUUCUACGGGGUCUUCUAAAGUCCCUCAAUCUUCAGCAGCCUUGGCUAAAGAGGAAUUGAAACUGCAUAAGGCUAUAGAGAAGGCCAUUCAAAAGGCCACUAAGACAGCCUCCCUUCAGGACAAGGACUCUCUCACUUCCCCUCAGGCCCCUCCUCUGCCCAGGCCUACCUCCCCCCCUCCUCAGGCCACAGUUCCGGCUCUCUCUCCGGACUGUGAACCAUCACUAGCCGAAGAACAUGUGGAGGUCAAUACCUCCCUAUUUGGGGUUCAGUCUGAGGUACAUUCCAACCCCAACCCUGCUGAAGCUUCAGGGGCCCCUGAUCAGCCUGGCACUUCCUCUGAACAGGCUGCUGCACCUCCUGAGGCACUCAUUACCCCCAUAUUGGCCUCUUAUAUCAGGGAGGCUAUUAAGGAAGGGGUUAGGCAAGAGCUACUCCAGAGAACCUCUUCAUGGGUCUCAGAGCAGGCUUGCUCCCAAGUAGAUGUCGAGGGUUCUUUAGUUUCUGCUGAUCAGGUCACCAUUCAGCCUAAGGACUCACAGACCCCAGGUGAAGUCAGAGCCAUUUCAUCCUAUCAAUCAGAUCAGGGUUCAUUGGCUGGAGCUGACCUUCUAGAUCAAGAGAUGUCAGAAGAUGAGGAUUUAGCUCCCGACCAACCAGCAUUUGUGGGGCUUUUCAAGCCUCAGUUAUUUCGUUCUCUCCUACACAAGGCCAAGAUCACGACGGGCUUGGGGAUUUCUCGCCCUUCUGAGUCCAACCCAAAAGAAGGGACUUCCACAGCGGUUCCCUUAUUCGAGGAACCCUCUAUUGAGACGGAGGAGAUUCCGGGACCUGGUCUUUUUAAAGAUGUUUUACAACGCCAGUGGUCCUCUCCUGCCUCUGGUCCCAGCCCCUCCGCAGUGGAUAGACGCUUAUAUAAUUUGGCUCCUGAUCUGUCUUCUCUAUUACAGGUCCCUUCUGUUGAUCAACCAAUAGCGGAAUUGUCUUCCUCUUCCAACAUAGCUGGACCCCCUGAGGAUAGCCUCCGUCCGGAGGACAGGCGUCUAGAAAAUUCCUUGGUUAGGUCUCACCAAGCUACAGCCUGGUCAGUUAAAUCUGCCAUGGCUGCAUCCUUUUUCAACAGGGCCUCCAUCCUUUGGUUGCGCCAGCUACAGGCUAGACUUCCUAUUUCAGAUAUACGCUCUCAGCAAGACAUUAGUAAGGUUAUUGUGGCCUUAGAAUAUUCGGCGGAUGCCACCUUAAAUUCAUCCCGCUUUGCAGCCAAAGCCAUAGGGUCUUCCGUGGCCGCCCGGCGUUUGCUCUGGCUUCGCCACUGGCAGGCUGACUCCAAGUCUAAGUGGCGACUAGCUUCAUCUUCCUUUGGGGGCCCUAAACUUUUUGGAGCGGCCUUAGAACCUCUGUUAGUGGAAUCCAAAGACAAACGCCGCGUUCUUCCAAAUUUGUCCCGUAGGUCGAAUUUAGGUCCCACUCGUCCUUUCGGCCUUUUCGCGCCCAGGAGGGGGGCUUCACAGGUUCCCGUAGGCAACGACCCUUUCAGCCCGCCCAAUCCCGAUCCCAGGAUCGCCAAUUUCAUUCUUCCUCCAGGGGUCAGCCCAGGCGUUCCUUUCGAGGAGGCCGGGGGCGAGGGUUCCGCAGAUCCCGCUGACGGGUUGGUAGGGCUUCCCAUCGGUGGCCGUCUGGCUUCCUUCGCCAGCCGUUGGGAGGCUACCUCGUCGGACGUGUGGGUCAGAAGAACUGUCAGGUAUGGUCUCUCUCUGGAGUUCAUCUCCACACCCCCAGACCGAUUUCUGCAUUGCCCCAUCUCUCGAGUCGAAUCCUCUCGGCUCCGGAUGGCUUCGGCCAUCCACCAUCUUCUCGAAAUUCGGGCCAUCGAACCGGUGCCUCAGGGGCAGCGCGGACUAGGCUACUAUUCACGCCUGUUCGUUAUUCGGAAGUCGUCGGGGGGUUGGAGGGCAAUUCUCGACCUCAAAUCUUUGAAUCGCCGAAUUGUUUAUCGGCGAUUCAAGAUGCAAUCCCUCCAGACCAUCUUGGAGGGUAUCAGGGUCGGGGACCUUCUCUCAUCCAUAGACCUGACCGAAGCCUACCUACACGUCCCCAUCCUUCCAUCCCACCGUCGCUUCCUCAGGUUUUGUUUUGCCAACAACCAUUACCAAUACAGGGCCCUUCCAUUUGGCCUCUCCUCCGCCCCCCGGGUGUUCACAAAGUUGAUGUCUGUCCUGGCGGCCCAUCUCAGAACGCUCCCCAUUCGAAUGCAGUUUUAUCUAGACGAUCUUCUGAUCCAAUCCACCUCAGUGCAGGCAGCGCACCAAGACCUAGCCACCACUCUGCGAGUCUUGAGGGAACACGGGUUCUCGGUCAACCUUGCCAAGAGCCUCCUGAACCCUGCCACCCGCAUACAACACCUGGGGGCCGUCAUAGAUUCGAAGGAGAGCAGGGUCUACCUCUCACAGGACCGCCUCUCCAGCCUGCGGUCUCUGGUCAGGUCAGUGACAGCAGGGAAGGGCUCUUCCCUGGCGUCACUAUCGAAACUCCUAGGGAAAAUGGUGUCAUGCAUUGGGAUAGUUCCCUGGGCUCACCUCCACUGCAGACAUCUACAGUGGUUCCUCCUUCCCUACCAAAAAAGGCAGUUGGGGAUUUCCCCCCGGGUGGUUCGCCUUCCCCCAAAGGUCCUCAAGUCACUUCAAUGGUGGAAUUCGGAUGCCCUUCUUCGGGGGAGGGAGUUCAGGGAACCCCAGCACCUCGUCCUGACCACAGAUGCCAGCCUUCACGGCUGGGGAGCCCACCUGUCAUCGUCCUUUGCCCAGGGCCGUUGGACCAAAUCCGAUCUAACACACAACAUAAAUUGGCUAGAGCUUCGGGCCAUCCACCUAGCCCUGAGGGUGUUCUCCCACGAAGUUCGGAACAGACAUGUUCUGGUCAGGACCGACAACGUGGCCGCCAAGGCCCACGUGAACCGUCUGGGGGGGACUCGGUCUCGACACCUCAUGCAGGAAGCCGAGAGGUUGGGGAGCUGGGCAGAAGCCCACCUGAGGUCCUUGAGAGCAUUACACAUUUCGGGGGUAGCCAACACCCAAGCGGACUGGCUCAGUCGGGCCACUGUGGACCCCGGGGAGUGGGCCCUGGAUCCGGCUCUGUUCUCAGAGAUCACGCUGCUAUUCGGAACUCCGGUGGUGGACCUGUUCGCCACUCGAAUCAACCGUCAGGUGAGGAGAUUCUUCUCCAGGUUUCCAGAACCGGAAGUGGAGGGCGUCGAUGCUCUGCACAGCGACUGGCCUCCCGGUCUCCUGUACGCCUUCCCACCUCUACCUCUGGUGGCCAAAGUCAUUCGGAAGAUGCUUCAAGAGAAGGCGGAACUGCUGCUGAUCGCGCCCCAUUGGCCCCGGCGUCCUUGGUUCGCAGACCUGAGGGCUUUAUCCAUUCAUCAUCCAUGGCGUCUUCCUCGGGACAGACUGGUUCUGCGCCAAGGAUCUCUUCUCCAUCCAGACGCCGGGUGGCUACAACUCACCGCCUGGAGAUUGAGCGGCGCCUGCUGAGUAACCGGAAGCUACCUCCUGGGGUCGUCGCCACCAUCCAAGCGGCUCGUCGACCUUCGACGACCCGUAUUUACGACUCCACCUGGAGGGCGUUU